AUGCUGAGUAGAAUCAGUAAACUAACCCAACUAAUGAUAAUGAUUCAUGGAUUGAUAGCAGCUGUUAUUUCAAAUAAUAAAUUUCCACAAAUUUUAACUCAAACAUAUAAUCAAACAUUAAAUAUAUCCGAUACAGCUAUAUUAAUAUGUCAUGUAAAAAAUUUAGGUAAUCAUCAUGUAACAUGGCUUAAAUAUGAUUCAAAUACAUUAACAUAUUUACCAUUAACUGUUGGUGAACAAGUAUUUUAUUCUGAUACACGUUAUUUUGUUUCAUCAUAUUCAAUAUUAUUAGAUAGUUCAUAUUGGAAUUUAGAAAUAUCAAAUUUAAAAUUAUCUGAUGAAGGUAUAUAUGAAUGUAAAAUAUCAAAUCGUCGUGGUAGUGUAUCAAUACAAAUUCAUUUGCAAGUACAAAUACCAAUGACAAUAAAACCUUCACGUUUAUAUGUUGAACCAGGUUCAUCUGUUGAAUUAGAUUGUACUAUAUAUAAUAUAAAUACAUCAUCAAUAACAUGGCAUUUUUCAAGUUUAAAUCAUACACAUAAAUAUAAUAUUUACCAUUAUGAUAUAUAUGAAAAAUAUCAUAAUGAAAAAAAUAUUUCUAAAUCACAAUUAAUUAUACGUCAUGCACAACCAUAUCAUUCUGGUUUAUGGACAUGUACAUAUAAAAGACAACGAAGAAGUGCAAAAAUUUUUGUUGAAAAAGGCGCAUUACAACAUCAUCAACAGCAACGUCUUGUAUCAAAUAAUUGUUCUUCUGUUUCUAUUCAAUGUACCAUGAUACAACCAUUGAAUCAGACAAAAGUCUUCAUUCACGUUCAAUGGCAAGUCGACAAUUGGGAUGAUACAUUAUGGUUUUUUACUAAAGGAUCUUCUCCAAAAGUUAAAGAAGUUAAACAAAAUCUUGAUCAAGUUAGUGUAUCUUAUUCAGAUCCAAAUAAAAUGUCAUUUGUUUCUGUUAGUGGCAAAGCUGAAUUUGUUGAUGAUAAAGCUCAAAUAAAAGAACUUUGGUCAUCUUAUUUAAAAGUAUUUUUUCCUUAA